CUUCAACGAGUUCUCAUUAGCUUCCAAGAUCAUGGAGAAUGAAAGAGAAGAUGAGAUUGAGGAUAUGUCAACGUCACCCCCGUCUCUGGGCUCCCUGCAAUUUGCAGGGAGCAAUGGCUUUGGUCACAGCAUGGAGUUCAUGUCUCAGGCAUACCUUCCCAAUGUGUACACUGAUAUUGACAUAAAAAUUGAGGAUUCCAAUUUCAACCAAGAUCCCCCCCUCCCCAUUUAUCUCAAGUUUGAGGAUGUAGAGUAUAAGGUGAGAGCUAGCCAAGCGGCUUCCACUAAUCCUGUGAAGUCAGUGAUGUCAAAAGUUGCCAUACAACACAACCUGGGAGAAGAUAAAUACAAGAAAAUUUUGAAGGGUAUGACAGGAAGCAUUGGCCCUGGUGAAAUUCUUGCUUUGAUGGGUCCUUCUGGGAGUGGAAAGACAACCUUGUUGAGAGUUGUAGGGGGAAGAUUAGUUGAAAACGUAAAGGGAAAGAUAACUUACAAUGACGUUCGAUUUAAUGCAGCUGUCAAGAGAAGGUUAGAUUAUUUUCUGUGUAAUAGGAUUGGCUUUGUUACACAAGAGGAUGUGCUUUUCCCACAACUUACAGUAGAGGAAACAUUGAUCUUCUCUGCAUUCUUAAGGUUACCAGGCAAUAUGAGCGAGCAACAAAAAUAUGCAAGAGUGGAGACCACUAUCAAGGAGCUAGGCCUUGAAAGAUGUCGCCACACAAAAAUAGGUGGAGGAUAUCUCAAAAGCAUAUCUGGAGGAGAAAGGAAGCGAACCAGCAUAGGCUAUGAAAUCCUUGUUGACCCUUCACUGCUUCUACUUGAUGAACCAACUUCAGGCCUUGAUUCCACAGCAGCAAACAGACUCCUUCUCACUCUUCAGGGACUUGCCAAGGGUGGAAGGACCAUAAUCACAACAAUUCACCAGCCAUCCAGCAGAAUCUUUCACAUGUUUGACAAACUUCUUCUUAUAUCAGAAGGAUACCCCAUUUACUAUGGGAAGGCCAAGGACUCAAUGCAGUACUUUUCAUCGUUGAGUUUCACCCCGGAAAUACCAAUGAAUCCUGCAGAAUUCAUGCUUGACUUGGCAACUGGACAAGUGAAUAACAUAAGCUUUCCUCAAGAUACUUUCAAAGAUCAAGAAUCUGCCGACCGCUCAAAAUCUGUUAUUAAAUAUCUACAACUCAAGUAUAAGGAAACACUGGAACCAAAAGAAAAAGAUGAGAAUCAUGGAGCAGCAAACACACCAGAACAUCUUCAGCUUGCCAUUCAGGUUAAAAAGGACUGGACAGUGAGUUGGUUGGACCAAUUCUUCAUUCUUUACAAGAGAACAUUCAGAGCAAGAUGCAAGGACUAUUUUGAUAAAUUAAGAUUAGUUCAAGCACUUGGCAUUGCUCUUUUGUUGGGGCUACUUUGGUGGAAAUCCUCAACCAAUACAGAGGCUCAAGUUAGAGAUCAGGUUGGAUUAAUGUUCUAUAUCUGUAUAUUCUGGACAUCUUCAUGCAUUUUUGGAGCAGUCUAUGUCUUUCCAUUUGAAAAGGUCUAUUUGGUGAAAGAAAGGAAAGCAGAUAUGUAUAGACUGAGUGUAUACUACGUAAGCAGCACUCUGUGUGAUAUGGUGGCGCAUGUUUUUUACCCUACUUUCUUCAUGCUUAUCUUGUACUUCAUGGCUGGGUUUAAGAGGACUGUUGCUUGCUUCUUCCUGACUUUGUUCGCGGUGCUGCUAAUAGCUAUAACAAGUCAAGGAGCAGGAGAACUAUUUGGAGCUGCAGUAAUGAGCAUUCAAAGAGCAGGGAUAGUUGCUUCUUUGAUACUAAUGUUGUUCCUUCUCACCGGUGGCUACUAUGUCCAGCACGUACCGAAGGUGAUGCAGUGGUUGAAGUAUUUAUCAUUCGUGUACUAUGGCUUCAGACUUCUUCUGAAAGUGCAGUAUUCAGGAGAACAACUAUAUGAGUGUGAAAGCGAGAGAGGGUGCAGAACACUGCAGAGUUCACCAUCAUUUGACACAGUAAACUUGAAUGGAGGCUUAACUGAAGCAUGGAUUAUGGUAGCCAUGGCUCUGUGCUUCCGUGUCUUGGCCUACUUCUGUCUCCGCAGACGAAUUGAAGUUCGAAAUUAGUCUUUCAUCAAAUCAACUUCUCUUCUCUCUUCUUCCUAAGCAUCUACAUUUCACAAAACAGUCCAAGAAAAACAAUGAUAAACACUGUAUUCAUGCUCU